AAAAAAGCCUGAUUGCCUGAAGGCAAUAAAUGAGAUAAAGCUAAAGUGAAAGAGCUUCCAGUGCUCGACUUUUCCAUCUAUCACUCCAAAAAACAGCACUCAAAAGCUUUAGUAGCAUAGCAGCCAUGUACAAAACCAAAACCCAUAACAGUCGACCGACGUCAUUCUACAGGGAUAAAUCUUGGUUUAUUGCCGGUUUAGUUACAGUGUUUGUGCUUUUCUUUGUUAUUUGGUCAUUCGGGGAACCCUUUUCCGGCUUGUCAAACUUUAUACCGACAGACUGCUCACCCGCCGACAAAUCCAUCUUGGUUGACCGGGAAAACGACCCUCCAGAAACAACGUUUUACGAUGAUCCUGAGCUUACCUACACUUUAGACAACCCCAUUAAGGAUUGGGACGCCAAGAGGAAAGAGUGGCUGAGAUUACACCCGACUUUCAUCCCGGGUGCCCGAAACAGGACACUCAUCCUCACCGGAUCCCAGCCGUCUCCGUGCAAGUUCCCCGCCGGCGACCAUUUGCUCCUGAGGACCUUCAAGAACAAGGUCGAUUACGCCCGGAUCCACGGCCACGGAAUCUUCUACGCCAACUCGUUGUUCAACCCGAAGAUGAAGUCUUACUGGGCCAAGAUCCCGUUGGUUCGGGCGGCGAUGUUAGCCCACCCGGAAUCCGAAUGGAUCAUGUGGGUCGACUCCGACGCCAUCUUCACCGACAUGGAUUUCAAGGUUCCGCUGGAAAGGUACAAGCACCAUAACUUCGUGGUUCAUGGUUGGCCUGAUAUGAUUUACGAGAAGAGAAGCUGGGUCGCCGUGAAUGCCGGGAUUUUCUUGAUCAGGAAUUGUCAAUGGUCCAUGGAAUUCCUGGAUGUCUGGGGAAGAAUGGGUCCUCAGAACCCGGAUUACGAGAAAUCGGGUCAAAUAUUACGGUCCACUCUUUCCGACAAGAUGUUCCCGGAAUCAGACGAUCAAUCGACAUUGGUUUAUUUGCUUCUGAAAGAAAAGAAGAAAUGGGGGGAUAUGAUGUAUGUGGAAAAUGAAUAUUAUUUGCAUGGAUACUGGGUCGAAACCUUGGCCAAACUCGAUAAUGCAUCGGUUCUGUACGAGAAAAUCGAGAAGAAGACGGCGAAUUUGAGGAGGAGACACGCGGAGGUUGUGAGAGAGAGCUAUGGGAAGAUGUGGGAGGAGGUUUUGGGAGAUUCUGGUGGGUCACGGCGGCCGUUUAUUACUCACUUCACGGGGUGUCAGCCGUGCAGUGGGAAGUCCAAUGAGGCUUACAAAGGGGAUGAUUGUUGGGUUGGAAUGGAAAAGGCUCUGAAUUUCGCUGAUAAUCAAGUUCUUCGGAGUUUUGGAUUCUGGCAUCCGGAUUUGCGAAGCGGGUCGAUUUCGCCGUUGCCGUUUGACUUCCCCGGCGAUGAGAAUGAACCUGAGGGAUUAGUUUGAAGUACGGAAAGGGGCGUCAUUAGUACACGAUGAACAGUUUCAGAUGUACUAAAAUGUCGGUGCGGUUGUUUUGUUUUCAAGUGUUUCAACCGCAAAGGUGCAAAGUCUUGAUGGUUCGUUUUCGGAUUGAAACUGGCCAAAGGGAUUUUUGGGUCCUAGAAGAUGGUGAAUUUGCAAAAAUUACCAUAUGUAGUAAACAUUUUGCUAAACUGUUAGAUGAAGCAUUAUUAUUAGAUGUUAUCAACUGUGUGGUUGGAAAGUAUAUACUGAAUUGAUUGUUAGAAUUCACAUAAAUGCAGUUUCUUUGCAAUCGUUGGCCUUUUGAAGCAAAAUGUCGGCAGGCAAUCCCGCCAUUUUUUCCUCUUAUGUACUUGGGCACUUUGCGUCCAUAUUGUACAAAUAUUUGGUUUAUUUCAUCAAUACGACACAAAGUUUGUGGUCGAUCAAUUUGGACAUAAUGUGAAUCGUCAAUUAUUUUGUCAGUUCACUACCUUGGUACUCCAUUUAGGUUUAAGUUUAACAUCCUCAAUCAUAC